AUGGAGGCUCGCUCGGAGGUUAGUGUUUCCAGAGUAUUCCAGGCAGUGGAUGCAUCAUCCUGGCUGCACGAGGGGUGCUGGGAGAGGCCUUUCCUCGCGCUGCUCCCGCAGCAUCAGCUGGCAUCUGUGACACUGCCGGUGCAGGGCCCAGGUCUCCUCAGCAUCCAAAAUUCACGGAUCUGCCAGAAGCCCUUGUACAAGAUCCAAUAUGUUGUUUUAAGAGGCAAAUUGAAUAACAAUGGGAAAAUGAGUCCUAUUUCUGGCUACAGAGCCAAAGAACCAGAACACAAGUGUCAAGAAACCAAUGACUCAGUGCUGCGAGCCGCUCUCCUCAUCCAGAGGUGGUACCGCGCGACCAUGGCCCGGAUAGAGAUGAGGCGCCGCUACAGCCUGAACAUCUUUCAGUCGAUUGAGUAUGCCGACGAGCAAGCCCAGCUGCAGUUAUCCAACUUUUUUACAUUCAUGAUGGAUCACUUUUCUCAACCUGGUGCAGAUUCCAAGGACUCUAGAGAUUUAGAGAUGACAGAGUCAAGCUUCAGUUUAGCAGAGUUUGAAAGGAGGAUUGAUGUCCCAGACUCCUAUUAUGGGCCACGACUCAAAUUCCCCCUCACUGCUGCAGAUGCCAAUGCUCUUCUUGAUGCUUUCAAGAAUGAAGAGCUGCUUCAUGCCCGCUACGUCCUGCAGCUGUUGCAUGAAACCAGGAGGGUUCUUAAGGAGAUGCCGAACAUCACUUACCUUUCGACGUCCUACUCCAAGGAGAUAACUGUCUGUGGAGAUUUGCAUGGAAAACUGGAUGAUCUUUUGAUGAUAUUCUAUAAGAAUGGUCUACCUUCAGAAAAAAAUCCUUAUGUCUUUAAUGGUGAUUUUGUUGACAGAGGGAACCAUUCUAUGGAAAUACUUAUAAUCCUGUUUGCAUUUCUUCUUAUCUACCCCAAUGAUUUACACUUGAACAGAGGAAACCAUGAAGACUACGUCAUGAACGUGAGAUACGGCUUCACAAGAGAAGUUUUGAGGAAGUAUAGGGUCCAUGGGAAAGUAAUUCUGUAUCUUUUGGAAGAUGUCUUUAGCUGGCUUCCCCUUGCCACUGUAGUUGAUAGCAAAGUUCUCAUCCUACAUGGAGGCAUUUCAGACACCACCGAUUUGGAUUUCCUGAAUUUAUUUGAGAGAAGCAAGGUGAGAUCUUUGAUGCGGCCACCCAAGUCCAUUAUGGACAUGAGGCUGCAAGUAAAGGAGAAGGCUCCCAGCAGUGCUCACCAUAAGCACAGCGCCCGCCAGGGCUCUUCAGACAAGAGGAAAGACCAGUCCUCGCCCGGGGCCGACUCCUCCGGCGCCGCCGCUCGGGACGCCCCGCGAAGCCCAGGCCUCCGCGCGGAGGCAGCGGAGCCGCAGGAAGACUCGUCUGGAGAUCCCACCCCGAAGGAGUGGCAGCAGACCCUUGAUAUCCUCUGGAGCGACCCGAGGAACCAGAGGGGCUGCAUCCCAAACAAGCUGCGCGGCGGUGGCUGCUACUUUGGCCCUGACAUCACUGCCAAGCUAUUUGAAAGGUACAACCUGAAGCUGCUCAUCAGGUCUCACGAGUGUAAGCAGGACGGUUACGAGAUCGUUCACGGCGGCAAGGUUAUCACUAUUUUUUCUGCCUCUAACUAUUACGAAGAUGGGAGCAACCGGGGAGCGUACAUCAAACUGAAUCCUGAUCUGAGCCCUCGCUUCAUCCAGUACCAAGUCAGUCGGAACACCUGCAGACAGAAUCUGCAGGAGAGGAUAAACACGGUCGAAGAGGCUGCCAUAAAAGCCUUGCGGGAGAAGAUCUACGCAAACAAGACUGAGCUCAUGGAGGCUUUUAUAAACAAAGAUCUCACUGGCUCAGGGAAGCUCUCUGUCAGCGACUGGGCAGAGGCCAUGGAGUCCGUCCUGCAGCUGGAGCUGCCCUGGCGGACGCUGCGCCCCCAGCUAGCGCGGAGCAGCGCCGACGGACGCAUCGAGUACACGUCGUGCUUUUAUGAUUUGAAAAUAGAAAAACCCAUAGAGGAGGUUCAGCCAUCGUUGGUGGAAACUGUGUGUAAAUACAGAAAGGAUCUGGAGAUGAUCUUUAACUUCAUUGAUAAGGAUCAGUCAGGGCUGAUUUCUCUUGAGGAAUUCCACCACACCUGGAAACUCUUCUGUGCUCACGUGGGGGUCGAAACGGACGACGAAGCCAUUGACAAGCUGGCCAACACCAUUGACUACAACAAAGAUGGCUACAUUGACUUCAGUGAAUUUUUAGGGGCCUUUCAUGUGGUUCAUAGACUAGAUAGAAGGGUGAGUGAAUGA